AAAUUCAAAAGAAACACUGACAUAAACACCAAACAAAUCGCCAAACGGUCAUCAUCGAUCGUACUCUGCCCGGCCUUCCCCUUCCCGCCGCCCUCACCCUCUCUCUCUCUCUAAAAUCUUCCCCUCGAAGCUAUAAAGCCUAGUGCCUGUACCACCAUUUAAUACGAAUUCACUCAAACCCAUUCACCAUUUAACUCUUGUCUCUGCAAUUAAAGACCUCUCUCUCUCUCUCUCUCUCUCUUGAAAUUGUAUGUCUUAAUGUGUCACAUGGCGGUGUCGAAGAAGAAGCACCAGAGCUACAUCUCUGUGCCGUCUCAGAUAAUCAACUCCAUCUCCCAAUCCUCUCUCGAGUCUCUGCUGCAUUCCCCCAAGAAGAAGAAGAGCAAGACUCGCGCUUUGAAUCUCCUCAACACCCCAAGAUUCCUCUUUUUCUUGAUUUUCUGCUUCUGCUCUCUGUGGAUGCUCAAGAUGUGGGCUAAAUUCGACCCCAAAAUUCCCUUCUCCGGUCAGCCCUGUUUUAUCUCGCGGCAGAGCUCUCUUCUCUCGCGGGGGCUGUUGAGUUCUCAGGGGAUGAUUGUGGGUGGGAGCGAGGAAGAAAUUGUUGAAAAGAGUGAGUUUUGGAAGCAGCCUGAUGGAAUGGGGUUUAGGCCGUGUUUGGAAUUCAGUGAAAAGUACAAAACAGAGAGCCGUGGGAUUGUGCAGGAGAGGACUAAGUAUCUGCUGGUGGUGGUUUCCGGCGGCAUGAAUCAGCAGAGGAAUCAGAUCGUUGACGCCGUCGUGAUUGCUAGGAUUCUUGGCGCUGCUCUUGUGGUGCCCAUUUUGCAAGUUAAUGUUAUCUGGGGUGAUGAAAGUGAAUUUUCUGAUAUAUUUGAUUUGGAUCAUUUCAAGAGUGUGUUGGGUGGUGAUGUGAGGAUAGUGAACUCACUCCCUUCUACACAUUUGAUGACACGGCCGGUGGAGGAGAAGACAACUCCACUCCACGCCUCGCCGGAAUGGAUUCGAUCACGUUACAUUCGACGGAUUAGGAGGGAUGGUGUGCUGCUGUUGCGUGGCUUGGAUUCGAGGCUUUCGAAGGAUCUUCCUUCCGACCUUCAGAAGCUUCGCUGCAAGGUUGCAUUUCAUGCCUUGCGAUUCGCCCCUCAUAUCACGGAAGUAGGCAACAGGCUUUCGGAGAGAAUGAGGAGCAAGGGGCCUUAUGUCGCCCUCCAUCUCAGAAUGGAAAAGGAUGUGUGGGUGAGGACGGGGUGCCUUCCCGGGCUCGGUCCUGAGUAUGACCAGAUGAUAAGUAACGAGAGGAAGGCGCGUCCCAAGCUCUUGACCUCAAGAUCAAACAUGACCUACGAUCAGAGGAAACUUGCCGGGCUGUGCCCUUUAAAUGCCUUGGAAGUUGCAAGGUUGCUCAAAGCUUUGGGAGCUCCUAAGAGUGCAAGAAUCUAUUGGGCUGGAGGGCUUCCAUUGGGAGGGAAAGAUACACUUCUUCCACUCAUAACUGAGUUUCCUCACUUCUACAACAAAGAAGACCUCGCCUUGCAGGGCGAGCUCGAGCCAUUUGCAAAGCGAGCGUCGUUGAUGGCCGCCAUUGAUUACAUAGUUUCAGAGAGAAGUGAUGUGUUCAUGGCUUCUCAUGGUGGGAACAUGGGGCAUGCCAUUCAGGGGCAGAGGGCCUAUGCAGGGCACAAGAAGACUAUAAUCCCAAACAAAAGACAGAUGCUGAAAUAUUUCAUGGAGUCCUCUGUUGGGGAGAGUGAGUUCAACAGCAUCAUCCAAGACUUGCACCGCGAUUCCUUGGGCCAGCCGGAGCUCAGGACUAGCAAGGCCGGGAGGGACGUCACCAAAUAUCCAAUCCCGGAAUGCAUGUGCAAUGCCACAGUCGCUCAUUCGGCACAAUGAGGACUAACAUCAUCUCAACCAAUGUCAUUUGUGGCGUGAUCCUUCAACUUCACGCACGACACACAGGACGCCUACGGGAUCUUCUGGUGGCGUUGCAUUCGGCCAUGGCCAGACUCUGCUGGCUUGUGAUGGUAUACAUAUAGCUCCAUAAGUCUCCCUUGUGUAGUUCAAUACAUCUUUUGAAUGAGGAGCAUGUAUAGUAGUAAUAGGAAAGCAUAUAUGUAUUUAAUUCUUUUAUUUAUUCUUAAUGUUGUAUUAAGAGACCUUGCACACACUAUACA